AACAGACCGGAUUAUAACCUAGUAAUAAUUAUUAUUAUUAUACUUGAACAAUUUUCAAGAUGGAGUCCGACAGGCAAGCUCCAUCUCUUACACUUCGACCUCAAUCAAAUUCCUUUUUUUGUGCCACCCCAAGGGUCUAAACUUUAAACAGGACCAUCAUACUUUGUGAUACGAAGGUAUUAGGGGAUAUCAAACUCAUUGACGCAAUCUUACAGUCAAUAAAGCUUUGACUAUGACGAUAUGUGCAAGAAUAAAUCUUUACGCUAUCCCUUUACAGGUUAAUAUUAGGGGAAUUUCCGGACAAGUACGUUGUCAGAUCCUUUGAAUCUCCAAAUCGAGACUUCUCAAUCAGUCGUGACGACGGAGACAUCCAGCCUCUCGACGGUACGCCCCCGUUGCCCCGUUUCCUGUGUCCGAAUUGAUGUUCAAAUUGAACAGCAGCAGCAAUAAUAAUGUCCAAAUUGAUCCAUCAACCAGGGUGCCCCCAUCUCUCAGACUAUAUGAUCUGCACCAGUUCAUUUCCUGCUGUUCGAAACCGACAGAUUGACCGGUGCUCAUUCUUCUUUUUCUUUUCUUUUUGCAGAAGGAGGUAGAGAAGGCUACGAUUUUGCUGGGUGAUAGAAUUGUUCUGGACCUUCCUACUGAUGAGAAGGGUCAACCAUUGCAGACCUCAUCAAGAAGUUGCAGUUGAGAAGGCCAACAAUGAACAAAUUUUGAAUUUCACACAAUCGCAGGAAGAUGCAGAUAGGCUACUCCGUGGAGACAUUACGACGUCUGAGACCAGACCAUUACCACAAGUGUGGAAGAGGAAGAAAACAGCUCUACUUGUACUGCUGUGGAGGGUGCCAAUCCAGAUGAAGGAAGGAUUAAGGCUUCAGAAGUCAAAGGAAGGCUGACGGCACUAAUACUAAUGCUUCUGCAGCAGGGAAGAAAGGAAAGGGAGCCAAGAACAUGAAGGGCUAAGGGGGGAAUGCCGUGAGGAAGAACAAGAAGAGUAGCUAAGAAACUGUGGUUGCUAGUAGGCAACUCACUUCCAGUCAGAAUGUCCUUGUUGCCUAUGCCAAGCUUUUGGACUUCUCUCCAAUCGUUUCCAGUCAGAAUUGGUAAACGGGGUCAUUACCUAGUUUAAGCUUUUAAUCCGUGUUUGAAAUGUUAAUUAAUGAUUCAAGAGACU